AUGCUGUCGCUUCGACAUCGAUUGGUGGCACUUGGCAGAAGCUGUGAGCGUGAGUACCAUGCCCUACCGAAAAGGGUCACCAGCAUUGUGUCCACCCGGCAGCACGUCGCUGAAAGCUGCCGGCUGCUGGUGCGCCAGCUAGAGUCCGAUCUCGUCCGUCCGGGUGUCCUAUCGAGUGGACUGUUUUGGGAGCGACAUCGGAAAGGUGGUUACCAGAAGGAGCAUCGCGUGUCCACCAAGGAGUCGAUCAUCAACGGGCUGAAGGAGCUACGCACCGAGUUUGCUCUGUUUCAGCAGGAAUGGAAGGAGAAGCUGGAAAGCGAUCCGCUCGUUGUGUUCCGGCCGGGUGAGAUUGAUGUAGCGUUCGGGUUCGAAAAGCAAGCGGAUCUGGACCGGUGGGUCGUUACGACGGACCGGGACCACGGGGAAGGCUACUCACAGGCAACGCUCGAGCUAAGUCCGGCCGGGUACGGUUUGUUUCAUGGGAAGCUGGAAUCACGGGUACCGAAGGAUGGACGUAUCAAGCGGGCCGGUUACGCCAACAUCAAGAGUUUACGCGUUAGGAAAUCUUUCAAACGGGACGCAUUCUACGACUGGAGUCAGUACAAUACGCUCGUGCUGAAAGUACGCGGUGAUGGACGCUCGUACCUGAUCAAUCUUACUGCGGAAGGUUACUAUGAUAUUCUGUGGAACGAUAUCUACCAUUACGUGCUGUACACGCGCGGUGGUCCACACUGGCAGAUUGCAAAAAUUCCCUUCUCCAAGUUCUUUCUCGCGUCGAAGGGCCGGGUACAGGAUCAGCAGGGUCCGGUACCGCUUAACCGCAUCACGAACGUGGGCUUCUCGGUGGGGUCUCGCGGUGGUCACGAGGGUAGCUUUCGGCUAGAGUUCGAUUUUAUCGGUUUGGAGUUUGAUCCGUCGCAUCAGGAAGAGUUUGCGUAUGAAAUGUACCGUCAGCCGAAAUAUAUUGUAGGAACGUAG